AUGGGAUGGUCAGGUCUUGUAGGCAUGAACUGUCGCUCCUUCCAGCUAAAAGCAAUAUCAAAACGCAUACCUGUAGAUCUUGAUCCCAAAACAGAACCGACAAUGGCUGCCACGAUGAGCACAGUCGUCAUCCGUGCAAAUCGUGAUCAUGCAGCUGGUUGUGUUACACCUGUGAUAUCUCAAAAUUCAUUAAUUAGUUCAAUUGCUCAAAAUGUACUUAGUAUUAAUCCUUUCCAACAGAUGAUAAAUGAAAUCAUUAAACAAAAGAUAGCUCCACUGGAGACACGUAUGCAGCAGCUAGAAGAAAUGGUUCAAGAUCUACAAGAAAGAAAUGACUGUCUUAACUAUAAAACAAAUGAUUUAGCACAAUAUCAACGGAGAUGUGCAUUUCAUAUUUAUGGAAUAGCUGAAAACAAAGAAGGAAAUAAAAAUGCUAUUAUUAAAUAUAUAGGUAAAGUAAUGGGUGUGAAAGUUGAAGACAGUGAUAUCUAUGCAUCCCAUCGAUUAAAGCAAAACAAACAGGGCGAUGAUUGUUAG